GAGUCGAUUCUCCUCAGAAGCCUACAGCCGGCGAACGAGGAGACUUGGAGAAAAGCUCAGGAAAACAAAGUUCGCCUCAAAUAUUGCCUCGCAGUGAAUAUAUUUAUAUCUACACACAUCACUAUAUCAGCAGUUGAAUAUCCUUCUUUUGAAUUGCAAUCAUGGUUGACUCUCAUUGUGAUGGUCCUAGCGCGGCAGCCGCCUCUACAGGAAUGCCAGCGCUCAUUCCCAUGCCGCAGCAGCAGCAGGCAAUGCCAGCCCAGGUCAGCACCAGCGCAAGCAGUACGCUUGGUUAUCCGUUCAUACCGCUCGCAGUCCGCUACGAUAGCGAUGCCGAAGUCAGUAUGAUCGCCACUAGUCAGCAGCAAGAGGUCUAUGAGUACGAGCAGGCCUCGAGCGAAGCCAACCUGCAGCGCAGCAGCAGCAACAACACACCAAGCUCGCUGCGCUCCAACGCGUCAGCGCCGGUCUAUCCGAGUUACGACGCUUCAACCCUAUCCACAGAGCAGAUGUCAGUGGGCGAUGAAUCCGAGGAGCAUGAGCAGCCAAUGUCGGAAUUCCACUUCGCGCCUCACACCAACAUCGGCAAACCAAAGCAGAGCUUCAUCGCCAUGAUCUUCAUGGCCAUCCGUGCAUCACCCAAACAACGUGCUUCACUUUCGCAAAUCUACGAGUUUGUCAGUAAGAACUUUCCCUAUUAUGACGAGCGAGAGGUCAGGACUGGAAAAGCAGCGGCCAAGGGCAACUGGAAAAACUCAGUGCGCCACAAUCUCUCCCUGAACGCCUGCUUCGUGCGAGAAGGUCGCAAGCCGGACGAUCCAGGCAAGGGCUCGUACUGGAAGAUUGAUACUGAGUACAGCGACCUGUACAAGGAUGGGUACUGUGAACGGAGAAAGGUGCGCGUCAAGAAGACUCCACGGCGGCCCCGUGUUCCGCGCAAGCAGCACAACUUGAUCACGUCCACGAGUAACGGUAGCUAUCAAAUGCCGCCACUGUUCAACCAGCGCGAUCACUUGAGCAUCCAGCCAUCAGUCGCACCCAUGCAGAACGCCGGCAGUAAUCAGCGGCAGGUCAGUCAGCAGUACAGCUCGUCGUCGACAUCAACUCCACUCACCCCGCCCGUCAGUCCCGACCUGGCUAUCCGCAGUCACACGGCAACAACGAGCACGCCAUCACCCGCUAUCAUCACCGCAUCUCCUCCUCAGCCAUCCACCGCCGCCGUCCAACCGCAGGUGUUCACCUACCAUCACACAGCGGCAGCACCGGCACACACAGCAUUCCAGACCGGCGGUGUGCUCAGCGGACCGCCAGUGCCCGUGACGGCCUCCGGAUCCCCAUUCUCCGUCGCCAGCCUCCUCUCCAACGGCAGUGCUGCUGCCAGUGGAUGCGCGGGCCCCGCUCCCAUGCCCGCCGUCAGCGUGGGUGGCUCACCCGCCAUCACCUUCUUCCGCGUGGUGCCCGCCGGAGCCAUGGUAGCGGCACCGCAGUGGCCCGGUUACGCGGCUGCACCACCAGCACCCAUGCCUGCACAACCCGUGCAGAUGCCAAUCACGUACUUCACGCCGGCCGUUUCGAUGCCAUCUCACCAGCAGCCGUCAGCCAUGUAAAAAAGAAACUUUCUUCAUGCUCUAUUUUUACCUCAUCCCCUAACCGUGAACCUUUUGGCUAUUCUCUUGAUUAUAACAUCACUAUCUAUGACGUCAUUAUGCCACUAUGACAUCAAUUCUGAUAUCACACUGGAGAGAGUAGAAAGUUUCUACUCAUCUUGAUUCAGUAAUCUCCACAUCUUGAAUGCAACAAACUCAGAGAGUCUCAGAUAUUUAUUCCAGAAAAACAGUUAUAUUUUCUCUUUAUCGACAACAUGUUAAUCAAUGCUCUCGGCUGCUCCUGUGCAGUCGAUGCUAACAGAAAAAGGAAUAAUUCCCCAAACAAA